CGAUUUACCACAAGAUGUAUUCCAUUACAAAUCCAUCGAGGCCUUGCAGCAAAGUGCCUCGUCAUGCUCUCUAUGCAGGUUAUUCUAUAACGAUAUCGCUGCCCGCUUCCAGAUCGAGGUCGGCAAUGCAGGGCUACGAGUUGGAGAACCACGGCUUAAGGAGAUUGAGCAAUCUCUGCUAAAUGGCUCGCAAUUGAUACUUCGCGGAGACAUAUACGGCGCACAAGACGGAGUCCAGCAGAUCGGGUUUAAACUGCGACUUGUAAACCCAAAACUUUCAAAUCUAUUGUAUUCAUGGCACUAUGAUCUUUAUCUCGACGACUCGGCCGCAGAAUUGGAUUCGAAUAUUAAAGAUAUUAUUGUGGGAAGAAAGGUUGGAGCACCCGAGAAUGCUACAGAUAUGAUCAAAUCAUGGAUCGAUGACUGCGAGAAGAACCAUUCUAAGUGCCAAUGUUUGGGCGAUGAUCUCCCUACAAGAGUCGUGGAUGUGGGCGUUGAAGGUGGUGAACCACGCCUACGGAUCACCUCGGGCAAGACUGGUCGCUAUUUAGCACUAAGCCACUGCUGGGGUCCUAAUCCCGGCGCUGUAAUCCGAACAACAUUAGCGACACUUGAGGAACACCUAAAUUGCAUUCCGUUAGCUCGAUUGUCUAAAACAUUUCACUCCGCGGUGAUGAUUACGCGAAGUUUGGGCAUUCAAUACCUUUGGAUAGACUCCUUAUGUAUAAUUCAAGAUGAUGUUAGCGAUUGGGAAAGCGAGAGUGCUAAGAUGGGUAGCAUAUACUCAUUGGCCUUCGCCACGAUUGCUGCCUCUGCAUCUUCUGAUUCAUAUACUGGUUGCUUCAUACCCCGCGACAAUUCUACCCAUGUCGGAGUUAGAUAUUCCAUCAGUAAAUCUCGGUCCUCCGGAUACACCAAGGUCAUGGUCCGCCCCAAAAUCUUUGGUUUCCAGAAUUUAAAAGAGAGCCCUCUGCAGCGUCGUGGAUGGGUGAUUCAGGAACGGAUUUUGUCACGACGAGUAAUCUAUUACGACAAAGACCAGAUUUUAUGGGAAUGCCGCGAGUUACGGAAAUCGGAAGACUGUGUAUCGGCAGAAGCUUACGAAAUACACCACGUCCAAGGAACAGAACCCUGGAGAGGAUUUCGCAACUCUUAUGAGCCCGAGAAUGGCCGAGCCGGAGGCAAGUUUGUUUGGGACUGGUAUGAAAUGGUGGAAGAUUACACGGGAAGAGCACUGACAAAAGGGAAUGAUAAAUUACCGGCUAUUUCAGGCAUAGCGAGCCAAAUGGAGAUUCGAACUGGGGAGUCUUACGUUGCUGGACUGUGGAAAAGUCACUUGCAUAUUGGAAUAUUAUGGCAGCGGUCGUUAGAGAACUGGUUAGUGUUGCCACCGGGACAAGAUGGUUAUCGAGCGCCUAGCUGGAGCUGGUCUGCCUUAGACGGAAAAAUUUCCAUGUUCCCCGAUUCGAAGGAAGACAAUUAUGAAUGCGCGGCGGAAGACAUCCAGGCGGAGGUAGUUUCACUGGGAUUAGAUUCUCGUGGGAGGCUAGCAUCCGGAGUUAUGACGAUGACCGCACGAAUUAAGGCUAUUGAUCCCCGAAUCGACCCAAACUCCAGUGAGUACAAUAGCGCGUUCGUUUUUUCGAGAGUAAAAGACGAGCCAGGAGACAUACUAUGCGACAAGGGCAAAGCUAUUGGUAACGCGAUAUUUGAUAGAGCGUAUGAAGUUAGCGGCCCUUUAUAUUGUGUAGAGGUGAUACGUAGGUCUAGCUGGAGACAUCGUUGGUAUGGGUUAGUGCUCGAACCUACAGGGCAGCACUUGGAAUUUCGGAGGGUUGGCUAUGCCCGGGACCUUGGUAUGACAUUAAAACCCGAAUACGGGGAAUGGUUCAUGGGCGCAGAGAAACAAAGGAUUUCUAUAAUAUAAUAUGAUAAAAAUGAGAUGAGAUGAAGAUGGAGA